AUGAGGGUCUAUCAGCGUCUGGAGGAGGGAGGAUCAUUGAGACUCAUCACUCAUGCCUGGAGUGGCGGCGGAUGUAUGAGCGACUGGAGGAGGGAGGAGAGGAGCGAGUCUCCGUUACUCUCCCCACCUUUACCCCGGUCCUCCUACCUUCGUCCCCCCCUUCCCGCCCCUUCUCCUCCCGUGCAGCUCAUGCCUGAAGUGGCGGCGGGUCUCAUGCCUGGAGUGGCGGCGGGUGUAUCAGCGCCUGGAGGAGGGGGGAGCGGAGCCAUGGGCGGUGGACACUCUGGGCUGGGGCUUCUCAGACACCACCAAGGAGCCAUGGGCAGUGGACUCUCUGGGCUGGGGCUUCUCCGACACCACCAAGGAGCCAUGGGCAGUGGACUCUCUGGGCUGGGGCUUCUCCGACACCACCAAGGAGCCAUGGGCAGUGGACUCUCUGGGCUGGGGCUUCUCCGACACCACCAAGGAGCCAUGGGCAGUGGACUCUCUGGGCUGGGGCUUCUCCGACACCACCAAGGAGCCAUGGGCAGUGGACUCUCUGGGCUGGGGCUUCUCCGACACCACCAAGGAGCCAUGGGCAGUGGACUCUCUGGGCUGGGACUUCUCCGACACCACCAAGGAGCCAUGGGCAGUGGACUCUCUGGGCUGGGGCUUCUCCGACACCACCAAGGCACCAUGAAGCAGAGCCAUGGGCAGUGGACUCUCUGGGCUGGGGCUUCUCCGACACCACCAAGGGUGAGGAAAGGGGUUUCAGUGGUGUGCUUGAUAGGGUGGUUUGCUGCUCAUCUUAUGCCGCAGCACCAUGAAGCAGAGCCAUGGGCAGUGGACUCUCUGGGCUGGGACUUCUCCGACACCACCAAGGAGCCAUGGGCAGUGGACUCUCUGGGCUGGGGCUUCUCCGACACCACCAAGGGUGAGGAAAGGGGUUUCAGUGGUGUGCUGAUUGGGUGGCUUGCUGGCACUGUCUUGUUCCAGCAGCACGGAGCAGAGCCAUGGGCGGUGGACACUCUGGGCUGGGGCUUCUCAGGCACCACCAAGGAGGCAGUUGUUCAUAACAUUUCCUCUGUUUCUCUCCACCAUCCCACCAUCCCACCACCACGUGUGAUGGCAGAGCGGGGAAUGCAGUCCUUCUCACUGCAUGUGCUUACUGUCUGUCUCUCCGCCAUCCCACCAUCCCACCAUCCCACCACCACGUGUGAUGUGAUGGCAGAGCGGGGAGUGCAGUCCUUCUCACUGCAUGUGCUUACUGUCUGUCUCUCCGCCAUCCCACCAUCCCACCACUACGUGUGA